AUGGAACAGUUGGUGUUUACGGUGAGAAGACAAGAAGCAAAACUUGUGGUUCCGGCUAAGCUGACCCCUCGUGUUCACUUGCCACUUUCAGACAUCGAUGACCAAGAGGGUCUUCGUUUUCAUAUUCCCAUCAUAAAGUUCUAUGGCGGCUCCCACUUCCAGAGUGACAAAGAUCCAGUUAAGGUUAUUCGUGAAGCCCUCUCCGAGGCAUUGGUAUUUUACUAUCCAUUUGCCGGUCGCCUAAGGGAAGAAUUACCAGGGCGCAAACUUAUCGUGGAUUGCACCGGAGAACUAGGAAUCUUGUUUAUUGAGGCCGAUGCUGACGUUACGCUCAAGGAGUUAGGCGUCCCCCUUCAACCUCCGUUCCCUUACUUGGAAGACCUUCUUCACGAUGUUCCGGGCUCAGACGGUAUACUCGGAUGUCCAUUGCUUUUAAUUCAGGUCACGCGCCUCACGUGUGGCGGCUUCGUCGUGGCAUGCCGCUUCAAUCACACCAUGUGCGACGGGACAGGACUGGCUCAAUUCCUAACCGCUGCCGGAGAACUUGCACGAGGCCGCCAAGCACCUUUUGUACCGCCCGUGUGGGAGAGAAAACUGUUGAGCGCCAGGGAUCCACCCCGCGUGACAUUCACUCAUCACGAAUUCGAUGAGUUGGUCGAAGUCCCAAUUGAGGAUUUAGAUCAUCGCUCUUUCUUUUUUGGAUCAGACGAAGUGAUGGCAUUGAGACAACUCGUAUUUGAUCAAGACCAGCUCGGUCGUAGCUGUACCUCAUUCGAAUUGAUGACUGCAUGCAUCUGGCGAUGCCGCACCAUCGCUCUCGGGUUGGAACCAAACGAGGAUGUGCGGGUUCAUUUUGUGGUCAAUGCCCGCAAAAAGUAUAAACCGCACCUCCCAACUGGUUACUACGGCAAUGCUAGUGCGUUUCCGGCUGCUUUGACCACGGCGGGGAUGUUAUGCACACAGCCGUUGGGCUACGCAUUGAAGUUGGUAAUUGAAGCUAAAGAGGUGGUGACAGAGGAGUACAUGAGGUCGAUGACUGACCUCAUGGUCUUGAGGGGACGACCUCCCUACAUGGGGGCACACUCUUUUUUCAUUUCAGACGUGAGGCAUGUAGGGUUUGUGGACGUUGACUUUGGUUGGGGAAAGGCUUGCUAUACUGGACUAACUUCUUCAUGCGCAAGAGCCUUACCUAGCCAAGUCAUGAGGUUGUUCAACUUUUUUGUAUGCGGUAAGAAUGAUAAAGACGAGGAUGGAGCUCUCUUGCUAUUAUCACUUCCACCAACUUCCAUGAAGCUAUUUGAGGACGAAAUGCAACGCCUACUAAAACAUGGUUAUCAUAUCCUAUCAACUUUACAAACAUAA